AUGUGCUUAGUCGCCUUAUGGCCAUCAAUCCUCGGCCUUGCCCUCAUCACGGGCAUCGUUAUAGCGCCAGUCUGUCUUCAGAAGCUUGGGCGACGUCUGACCAACCAGCUUAGCACGCUCCCAGCUUUAACCGGCUGGGCCUUGCUUAUAUUCGCCAAGGAUCCUACAACACUACUUGUUAGUAGAUUUUUGCAGGGUUUCGGUAUGGGCAUACAGGCGGCCUCCGCACCCAUUUCCAUCGCAGAGUACUCCGCCCCAAAAUACAGAGGAGCAUUCCUCGCAACCAUCGCAUUUUCAUUCUCAACUGGCAUGCUGGUCGCACAUGUUUUUGGUACCCUGCUUUACUGGAGAUCAGCUGCUAUGGCAUGUGGCUCUUGUUACGUCAUAUCCUUGAUCCUAAUUUCACUAUCCCCGGAAACACCACCAUACUUAUCGACUAAGGGAAAGUUUAAAGAAUGCCGCAAGUCUUUUCGAUGGUUGAGAGGAUGGGGUAGUCAAUCAGAAAAGGAAUUGGAGAUUCUACUUAAUUGUCAGAAACAAAACAAUUUUCAAAUUCGACAAGUUUCGAAAUGGAAGGUGUAUUUAGAAACGGUUAAGAAGCCGGAGUUUUACAAGCCGACCGUUAUUAUGAUGUUCAUGUUCGUGCUGUUCCAGAUGUCUGGAAUGACGGUGGUACCGUCGUAUACUCUUCCAAUGAUGGCAGAAGUUACUGAUGGUACCAUCGAACCAUACACAAGUAUGCUGAUGGUAGAUGUAGUAAGAUUCGCAACAGCAGUGCUAGCUUGUAUCGUCGUCAACAAGUUAAAUCGAAGAACUGUCCUAUUUAUUGGAAUCUCUAUAAGUGUCAUUUCAUUGUUUGUCACGUCUCUGCUUUUAUAUUUGAAAGAUUUUGGAUACAUUUCUGAUGAAUAUAAAUGGACUCCAUUGAUACCGACACUAAUAUACAUAUUCGGAAAAACUUUAGGAAUUCUCCCUAUACCUUGGGCUAUCGCUGGUGAAAUAUUUCCUUUAGCCUACAGAUCGCUUGGCAGCGGAAUUUCUGGAAUGUUCCUCUCCCUAAUGUUCUUUGUUGUAGUGAAGACAGCACCGACGUCAUUCAGACAAAUCGGUGUUAAAGGAACAUUUUGCAUUUAUGGAUUAAGCAUAGCUAUUUGUGGUGCGUUCUUAUUCUAUUUGCUUCCCGAGACUAAGGGUAAGACACUGUAUGAAAUCGAGUGCCACUUUAAAGGUAUUAAAGAAGACAAGAAAAGUAUCGAAAUGGACGAGAAAGGUCGUAUUUUGGAACUGGGAACGGUUGAAGAGGGAUGAAAGGGGGAAAGGAAUAUUAAGGAAACGCUUUCCAGCUUCAGACAGCUGGCCCCGUUGAUAGGAGAAACCUACGAUAAGAUCUUGAGAAUGGUUCCGGUAAAAUGGUCAUAAACUUCUUUUCUGUGAUAUGGUAUACAAUAAAAAUGGAAUAA